CCGCCCCCGCGCGGUUCCUGGGCCCGGGUCGCGGCGCGGCGCGGGCGGCAGCAUGGUGGAGAAGCGCUGCCCGCUGCAGAGGGACGGCGUGUACCGCUGGUUCUCGGAGCUGCCCUCGCCGCAGCGCGUGGAGUUCCUGUGCGGCCUGCUGGACCUGUGCAUCCCGCUCGAGCUGCGCUUCCUCGGUUCGUGCCUCGAGGACCUGGCCCGCAAGGACUACCACUCGCUGCGCGACUCGGAGAUCAAGGCCAACAACCCAGCCGACCUGGGCAGCCUCACCAACCUGACGGACGAGGUGGUGCGCAGCAAGCUGCUGGUGUCGCUGGCGCUGCUGGGCUCGGAGCAGCGCGAGGCGGCGGGCGUGCUCUACCGCACGCUCACGCACAUCGACUCCAUCAUCCACAACUACGGACUGCAGCUCAACGAGGGCCGCACGGGCGAUGAGUUCCUGCUGCUUUUCACUAUGGCCUCCAACCACCCGGCCUUCAGCUUCCACCAGAAGCAGGUGCUGCGCCAGGAGCUCACGCAGAUCCAGAGCAGCCUCAGCGGCGGUGGUGGCGGCGGCGGCCACGCGGGCAAGAGCGCGCCCGGGCCCACCUGCCCGGCCUGCCACAAGGUGGCGCCAAGGACCGAGACCCCGGUUAGCAGCGUGGGGAACAGUUUGGAGGGUGCCCUGCACACGUCCGCACAUUCCAUGGAGGAGGCGCCACCCAAGAGGCCGGCGGGCAAGCAUGGCCGAGUGAGUGUUGAAAAGAUAGACCUGAAGGGAUUAUUACACACAAAAAAUGACAGAAAUGUUGAAUGUUCCUUUGAGGUCUUGUGGUCUGAUUCUUCAGUAACAUCAGUAACCAAAUCUUCCUCUGAAGUGACUGAAUUUAUUUCAAAGUUAUCCCAGCUCCACCCUGAAGAGAAUUUGGAGAAACUGAUUCCUUGCUUAGCUGGCCCAGAUUCGUUUUAUGUGGAGCGGAACCACCUGGAUCUGGAAGCGGGCCUGAGGUACUUGGCUUCACUACCUUCUCACAUAUUAAAGAAUGAUCACGUCAAGAAAUUUUUCAGCACUUCAUCUCCCACCCAACAGCUUCAAAGUCCAAGUCCUGGCCACCCCUCCCUUUCUAAAGUAGGUACCGUGAUGGGUGUCUCGGGAAGGCCCGUGUGUGGAGUGGCUGGCAUCCCGUCCUCUCAGGGUGGCACCCAGCACCACCUGCAGCACUCGGCCGGCGCCACGCUGCCCCAUUGCUCCCACUCCGGGGGUGCGGGUUCGGCCCUGGCCUACCGGACCCAGAUGGACACCUCGCCUGCCAUCUUGAUGCCUUCCAGCCUGCAGACCCCCCAGACUCAGGAGCAGAAUGGGAUUCUAGACUGGCUGAGGAAGCUGCGUCUGCACAAGUAUUACCCCGUCUUCAAACAGCUCACCAUGGAGAAGUUUUUGAGCCUUACCGAAGAAGAUCUGAAUAAAUUUGAGUCUCUCACCAUGGGAGCCAAGAAAAAACUCAAGACUCAACUGGAGCUGGAAAAGGAGAAGUCAGAGAGGCGGUGCCUGAACCCCACCGCCCCGGCCUUGGUCCCCAGCAGUGGAGUGGCCCGAGUGCCCCCCACCAGUCACGUGGGGCCUGUGCAGACUGGGCGGGGCAGCCACGCUGCAGAGCUGCGGGUGGAUGUGGAGCAGCCAAACCACCAACUGCCCCGGGAAGGCAGCUCCUCCGAGUACUCCAGCUCCUCCUCCAGCCCGAUGGGGGUGCAGGCCCGGGAAGAGAGCUCUGACAGCGCUGAGGAGAACGACAGACGUGUGGAGGUGCACGUGGAGGGUUCUGAGAAGGAGAAGCCAGUGACGCUGCUGAACCACUUCACUCCAAGUGCCGCCAGACCCACGGCCCAGGUUCUCCCUGUGCAGAAUGAGGCUGGCUCCACUCCAUCAAGCCACCACCCCCUGCCACCCCAGAUGAUGACUGCAGCCUCGCACAUAGCACCAAUCCGAAUGCUGAGCUCCGUGCACAAAUCAGAGAGAGGAAAUGCGGACAUGAAGCUCCUCUCGUCCUCUAUGCACUCGCUUCUGUCUCUAGAAGACAGGAACAAAGGAUCUGGACCAAGAAGCAGCGUCAAAGCGGACAAGGGCUUCGGCAACACCGUGGUGGAUGUGCUCCCCACGUCAGCGCCCCACCAGCCCGUGCCAGUCCUCUCUGGACUUCCGGAGAGCAACUCCAUGUCACCCGCAGUUUCCUUUGGUCCCCGGGCUAAAGUUGUGCAUGCAUCCACAUUGGACAGGGUGCUGAAGACGGCGCAGCAACCAGCCCUGGCGGUGGAGACCAGCAGCACUGCCACAGGGACACCAAGCACGGUCCUCCAUGUGGCCCGGCCGCCCAUCAAACUGCUACUUUCGUCGUCUGUUCCUGCUGAUUCUGCCAUUUCUGGGCAAACUUCCUGUCCGAAUAACGUGCAAAUAAGUGUGCCCCCUGCAAUAAUAAACCCCCGGACUGCUCUGUACACAGCCAACACCAAAGUUGCCUUUUCUGCAGUGAGCAGUGUGCCUGUGGGCCCCCUGCAGGGCAGCUUCUGUGCGAACAGCAGCACUGCCUCUGCCAGCAGCCACCCCUCCACGGCCUUUGCAAACCUGGCCACGGGGCCCAGCUGCCCGGCACCCAGCUCCAGCCCUGCGCUUUCCUCCGUCCCCGAGAGCAGUUUUUACAGCAGCAGUGGUGGUGGCUCCACAGGAAACAUUCCCACCUCAAACCAGAACCACCACCACCACCACCACCAUCAGCAGCCCCCGGCACCGCCACAGCCCGCACCACCCCCACCUGGCUGCAUUGUGUGCACGUCCUGUGGCUGCAGUGGCAGCUGCGGCUCGAGUGGCCUGACCGUCAGCUAUGCCAACUACUUCCAGCACCCGUUCUCGGGGCCAUCCAUGUUUACCUUCCCCUUCCUGCCCUUCAGCCCCAUGUGCAGCAAUGGCUACGUCAGCGCUCAGCAGUACGGCGGUGGCUCCACUUUCCCUGUGGUGCACGCACCCUACAGCAGCAGCGUGACCCCGGACCCAGUCCUGGGUGGCCAGUCCACCUUCGCGGUGCCACCCAUGCAGAACUUCAUGGCAGGGACAGCGGGGGUAUACCAAACCCAAGGAUUGGUAGGCAGUAGCAAUGGUUCCAGUCACAAAAAGAGCGGGAACCUGUCUUGUUACAACUGUGGGGCCACUGGUCACCGUGCCCAGGACUGCAAGCAGCCGUCCAUGGACUUCAACCGGCAAGGUACUUUUAGGUUGAAAUAUGCCCCUCCAGCAGAAAGUCUGGACUCCACAGAUUGAUAUUUUUCUCUGGCAACAGAACGUUAUUAAGCCAUGGAGACAUAAGGAAAAUUAAUAACAAAAUUGGGAAGUCUAGUUGCUGUUGAGCUUAAUAUUUUUAAUCCAAAGGUGCUUUACUUGACUAGACUGGAUAGAAAAUCUAGCGUAGAAGUGCAUCAAACUCGAUUUUAUUGCCAAAAUCCUAGCUCGGAGCUUGAUGUCAGGACUUGCCUAGUGGGUAUCUCCGUGGUUGGUGAAAUGGCCAUCUCCACCCUUGGUCGCAAUGCAGAGACCUCGCGUCUCCUGAAGAGCAUUGCCAUCACUGGUCCUUCUAGGCGCACGCAAUUCCAGGGCAGCUAUGCGUGAUCGGAAUGGAGAACUGAAGGUUGGCGCUCUCCAAGGGGAGUUCCACUGUGGACUCUUGACACCCCUGGGUUAGGGAAAAUGUUGACUUUAUUUUGUUUUGUUUUUUUCCUAAAGUGAUUAGGCACUAAUCUCUGGGAUUUUUAAGGAUUGCACUACAGAAGAAUGUAAUCUGAUAUAAAUCUCUGCAGUUCUUGGAGACAAACUCCUCUGAGACCAGUGCAAGAGACUCAGAUAAUCCAUAAAGAGUCGGCACUAGCAGGCUACUCGACUUAGUACACAUGGAGAUUUUAAUAUUUCCUUCCCCUCCUUCAAACACUUGUAGCAGUUUCAGGUUUUUGAUUUUUUUCCUGCAAAUAAAUUUAAACUACAUUAUAAAAUAGAAAUAGUUUACUCACAACAACUUAAUUUCUAAGGGUCCAAGUCCCAGAGAAUCCAUAGUCAAAGCUUUGAGAAUACCUUCCUUCCCAGCCAUUCAGUGGCUGAGUCCUGACAUCUUCCACUACAAAUGAACUCUUGCAGGGACACGGCAGCGGCACGGCUUUGCGCAGUGGCUGUGGCAGAUGCUGCAUGUCCUUAGCAGAGCGUGCAAGUUGUUCGAUUUCACAUGGGCUCCUCUGGACCCCCAGCCCCAAGGCUUACUGCUGAUGGAUUCACACUGAGACAGACAUUUCAACAAUUAUACAGUCCUAUCACUUAUGAGCAAAAGAUCAGAAAUUUUCUCCUGUCAACUUCUUUUGUACUAGGUUAUGUAUUGAUAAUUAAUUCCGUUAAAAAUUACCUGGAAAAUGUCAGUAGAAAGUGGUAAGACUCUGAAAGAGGCCACACACAGAAGACAGAGCUGCAAGAUUCAUAGGGGCCUGGUUGUUUUAGGUAGGAAAUAAAAGUCCUCACUGUAGAUCUCUACAUUUCACCCCAUUGGGAUGGGAACAUUUUGGUCUGAAAUAUAGGGACUUCAGUCUUCAUGGUUAAAGGGAAUUUUCUGCGCAAGUAAUAUUCUUAUUUGAAAUGCUAAAGCCUUCAAUAUUAACAUACUGGUUGGUGAGGUCUUGCCAGGGAUUUUCCAUUUGAGUGUUUAAAAAAAAUCAAAAUACGCAGACCAUUUUAAAAUGGGACAAUUAGCCUCAUGCAAAAUUGGUAUAAAUCAAAAGAAUACCCUAGGAUUUGAGGCAUUGUGAUAGGAGGCUUCAGAUUUUGAGAUCAGUUUUCUGGCUUCAUGGAAACUAAGCAGAAAGUUGUUACAUUUUUUAAUGAAAGGUUUUUAGUGGAGUUUUCUAGUUUUAUUUUAGUAGAGUUUUAUUUCUAUGCAAUGCAGAAUUAACAGACCUCUGUAUUCUUCUCUCUUCGUGGUACACAGUAUUACAUAUAGUUUUGAAGAAAUGGUAAUGCUUAUUACAACAGCUAUUUAGGGGAAUGUUACAUUGAUCCCUUAAGUUAUAAACACUACAAAAUGUCAAAAUAAUGAGAACUGACACAACUUUGCCUUAAAGAGUACUAGACUGGAAAUUGUCAUGUUAUGUUAAAGGAAGACUUAGAGUGUUCAUUGAUGUUUACGAUUUUAAUAUUUCUGAAGGCUGUUAUAGGAGCCUGGAUAUGUGCUGAAAGCCAAACUUUCAAAUUUUUUGGUUUUUUAAACAAAUAUUUUAAAUAAAUCCUAUUUCAACACAGUGGAAUUGUUGAAAACUGUAAAGAAACAAUCAUUUAUGUUUUUGUUUUAGUCGUCAGAAUAGGGGAAUGAAAGUGUCUGUUGUUACCCUUAUAACUAUUUUGAUAACAAUAGAGGUUAACAAAUACAUCAAAAAUUAAAGGAGAAACUUUGAUUUGAGAUAUGACACUUCAGAGUUGAGGUAAAUAAGUUCUGACAUUAUGGCUGUUCCAGUCAUCAGAGGUCAUGGGAAAACUUCCAGUUGUCUUUGAAAGUGCACGUAUGGUAUGACGUCUCCAGUGAGGCUGUUCAAAGUUGAGAAUUUUGAGACAUAAAUAUGAGGUAUACAGUACAGAAAAAAUUCAACUGCAGAUCCGUGAGAUCUCUUCCUAAAGUGAAUCCCAUACUUGGACUUGAGGAUAUUUCCUAGCAGUAUUAUCUCUGAUGAAUUUCUCUCCAAAUGCAACCAAAGUAAAUAUACCUAAAGAGCAUUUUGCAUUUCAUCAGAAGACUUUCUCCUCAGUUAAAAACACAGAACAUACUGAUCCUGUCACAUAUUUAAUCAUUUUCCAGAAAUUGUGGUCGCAGUUUCAGAGUGCUGUGGCAACCAGGUAGGGUGGCAUUGGCCAUGUCUUUGCUCUGUGUAGUCUGUCAUAUAUUAAAGUUUCUAACCUGUUUUGUUUUUGUUUUUUUAUCUCCAAGAAUGGGGAAAGUGGAAUGUACAGAUUGAAGUAGAAUACAGUGUUGGGAUACAACUAUUUAACCUUUCAUUUUGUUUUUUAAGUAAAUCACUCACUUUUCUACCUUAUUUUCUAAUUUUUAUUUCAUGAUAAUGAAAAUUGGAAAGUUAAAAAACAACACAAAAAAACUCUUAAUUGUUAAAGAGCACUGAGGAAAUGGGAGCUAGCACUUAUAAUAAAAAUAAAAACAAAAUAUUUUCUUGAAUGCAUAUAUGUGAUUGGAUAUUUUAAAAAACCAGCAUCAUCUAUCAUCUCCAAAAGGUUACAGGAGUCAGCUUGUUAAUAUAGUAGUCAGUAGGUUCCAUAUUUUAAGUCAGUAUUUAGAAUUCUAGGUCCUUUACUGCAAGAAGUCCGCAUAGUUAGUCUAUACUACAACCUGUGUAUUGAGGCACAAUAGCAGUGGUAGUAACUCUGCUAGUAUCAUGCAGCUGUAAUGUUUCCUAUGUGAGCACAGGCUCAACUAGGCUUCUGCUCCCCCUCACUUCAGUGUUGCUCGGGGCACUUGCCCAGUGGGAGUUGGCGGCUCCCUCCUGGAUCCUCCUUGUCCUCACUCUUCCUGCUUCCUGGUGUUGUAUUUUAUGCCUUGCUAGUUUUACAUCCUGAUAACUGAUGGCAUCAUGUGAAGUCUUAAAUGUUGUAGGGAAACUGCCAACCUGCUCAACUUGACCACCCAUCCCAGAGGAUGGUCCUGUGCAACCUGAGUGGGUCGUUUCCAUUGUGCAGGUGACUCCCAAAGAAUGAGGCAGGUGACAUUUAAAGCCAUGGGUUCUGAAGAGGCUGAAUUGUUAAAAAGUCCCAAGGGUCUGAAUGGAAGUGAGCAUCUUUAAUCAACACUUGCAAUAUUCUAGAAAACCAUAUACUGUGCUGGUUGAGGCCAAAGGUCAAUGUUACUACACUGUUAACCGAGGGAGGGGAGCAGCGGCCACCAGUCCCUGCUCCAGCCUCACGUGUGUUGUAUCAGCCCUCAUCACAUGUGUAAGUUCUUACAUGCACAAAGACAAGGCUUUGGUACUGAAACUGAAAACCUUGUGUACUCAAGAAUCUUCACAGCUUCUAUUGGACAUACUUUCUUUUUAGGAAUGAAGGAAAAUUCUCCCAUUUUUGAGCCAUUCUUUUGUCAAUUCUACAAAAUUGCAUGUAACUUUAUAAAUAUUUUUAAAAGAUAUAGUUUUGUAAAUAUUUAAUAUUCCGCUAAUUUGAUUUUGAAUUGUAAAUGUCAAGUAUUCUG